GUGCAGAGGACAGUAAGCAACACUCAUUGGAUGUUCUUGUGGUGACAGACCAUUUUACCAAGUUGGCUCAUGCUUUCCCAUGCACCAAUCAAACUGCAAAACAGGUGGCCAAGAAGUUGUGGGACUGUGUUUUCUGUGUGUAUGGGUUUCCUGAACGUGUCCACUCUGAUCAGGGAGCCAAUUUUGAAAGUGAGCUCAUAGCAGAACUGCUCAGGCUUUCCGGUGUCUCCAAAUCCCACACUACUGCAUAUCAUCCCAUGGGAAAUGGAGGAACUGAGAGGUUUAAUCGAACGCUUGGAAGCAUGCUGCGAUCCCUUCCCCUUAAAGAGAAACAUAAGUGGCCUCAACAGAUACAGACAUUGACAUUUGCUUAUAAUGCGACAGUACAUGAAACCACAGGAUACGCACCGUUCCAGCUUAUGUUCGGUCGCAUUCCAAGACUCCCUGUGGACAUGAUGUUCAAGCAAGUGUUGCAUGAUCCAGUGGUUGUUGAUUACAAAAGCUAUGUGAAAACACUAAUGUCCCAUCUUCAUGAAGCAGCCAGAAUUGCUCAAACACAUGCUGUCAGAGAACAGGAUAAACAGGCACAGGGCUACAACAGGAAGGUGAAAGGCACCCAUCUGAACAUAGGAGACAGCGUACUUGUGGCAAACAAAGGAGAGAGAGGAAAGAAGAAGCUGGCUGACAAAUGGAAUGCAACGGUGUACACAGUCAAAGACCGAAACUUGCAGACACAUACAUACAAGCUGGAGGAUGGAACAGGCAGCACGAAAGUAGUGCACCGUAAUCUCCUCUUGGACAUCAGUUUCCUACCUGUGGGGACACCUGGAGAGGAAUUGUGUGAUGAUGGGUCAGAGGAAAGACCUUGUGUAAAUGACUCAUUGGACUCGUUAGUGGAGGAGGAUUCAGCAAGCAGAACCAGUGCAUGGAUAAUGAAUGGAUCAGAGGACACACGGAGUCAGGAGACACUGAGCGAAGGGCUGUUGGACCAGUCAAGUCAGGAAGCUUCAGAGUUGGACUAUGAAGGGCAGUCUGCGGAUCACAUCCAGGGCUCUCAAUGUGACCAAAGCCACGCAGGCAGAGACUUUGAUCUGGACAGUUUAGUUGCAGAACCUGCUUCAGACUUACUCUCCACUCAGUCACACUCAGCAGACACAGAGCAGGUAGUCAGGACUCGAGCAGGUAGGGUCAGUAAAAGAGUUAAUCGACUCAUUGAGUCUAUGGUUCAAAAGCCUCUUGGCAUCAGGGACUUAGCAGUUUCUGUUCGCAGAAAGUCUCAGUCACUUCUAACAUUGUUUUAGAGGGGCAGAUAUGUUUGUUUACUUUACAUGUGUACUUGUCGAUAUGCAUUUGAAGGAUGUUGUGAUUAAUGUAAUGUAUAUUAAGUGUGUAAUGUACAUUGAAGUGACCAGAUGUUUGUAUGGUGUAAAAGGCAUCAUAUUAAUCUAGGAAGGGGCUAAGGCUUGAUCACCCUUGGUUCCCUCUGAGCCGUUACUAGGCAGCUAAUACAGCUGAUGUCAGAGUUUAGAACUCUUCAGUGAACCCUGGUCAGGUUUUCACACUCAGUGUUCAUCUCCCGAUGUUGCCAUUUGCUUAUCCUGAAGGUAUGGUUUGGAUUUUGGUGAAAUCUAGGAGGGGUGGAUGUAACCGAUGUGUUCUAACUGUUAUAUUUCACCAAAAAUCCAUGUUCGUUGAUAUUUUGUUAUUUAUUUUCAUAUAAAUCUGGUUUUGUGUGUAUUUAUUUUGGGGAGUUUUUAUUUUGUUAAUUUUAUUCUGGCGGUGUGACCAGUUUCCUGUUGGUGAUGUCACUUCCUGUGUUGUCGGCGCUAUUCUCCUCAGUAGCGGUACGCUGUGAUGAGGAGAGGUGUGCGUGUGGGAAUCCAGAGCUGCUGUACUGAUAAAUGUGUGUUGUACACAGGUAUGUGAGUACUCCCCUUGUGUUUUGUGAUGAAAAUGUUAUUUUUAUAUAUAUAGUUUUUUUGUUUGUUCAUUUUUAUAUUUUACAUUUAUUAAUGAAAUAUAAAAAUUGCAGUUGGUAUGUGGGGAAAUUGUUUUGAUUCUAUAAUGACAUUUUGACUAUACGAUCACAUUGAAAUGUAUUUUGUUACAUUAUUUGAAUAAGAACACUGCACGUGUUCCUCAGUAGCGGUACGCUGUGAUGAGGAGAGGUGUGCGUGUGGGAAUCCAGAGCUGCUGUACUGAUAAAUGUGUGUUGUACACAGGUAUACAAAAUAAACCCCCUGUCCAACUGGCAAAGCAGAAGAUGUCUGUCGUCCAUUACUACACAUACUGAGAUUAAGGGAGUGUCAGGCCAGACCGGCUACACACUGAUACACUGUUUGGUUGUUUUUUGCUAUUAGGGACAAUUGAUAAUGUGAUAUGUUUCCCAUAUCAGGUAACAAAUUGGAUAAAUAGACGUCAAAUUAGAAAUACUUAGGUUUGCUCUAUAGGCCUAAGAAACUUUUAUUCAUAAUGAUUUUUAGAACUACCAAACAGUGAUUAGGAUAGCUUUGGGUUGCAAACUAGAGAUAAAAAGAAAAUAAACAUGUUUUUGUUUAAUUCGUCUUAGGUUAUUGGUUAUAUUGAAACCAAUACAGGUUGAUAUGAGAUUUCAGCCUGAAAGCAGUUUUAAUAUCAUACUCUAGUGAGUUCUUG